AACAGACGCCCCCGCCGCAGCCAAUCGGAGAGAGCCCUAACUUUGCCCACGUACUCCGCGUUUGGUCCACGUGCUUCGUCAGUCAUCACGAAAACCGUCGUCUUUGUCGGAAGUCGCUCCCUCCGGUCUCGGCUCGCGUGCACGUCAGGGUCGUCUGUGUUUUAUUCUACACGUUUUUGGGGACAUUUAACUCAUCAGGGUAAACCAUGCCAUCAGUUCCCUCAUCCAAAGAGACCACGGUCAAGGCCUCCGUGUGCCCUCACGCUGCCAAGCUGCUCAACCACACCAAUGGAGAAGCUAAACUCCGGGAGGGUUCGUUCCCACAGAACGGGGUUGAAAAGCUGCCCGCCGUGGACACUGAAGAUGCGAACAGAACCAUUCAGAUCAACACAAAGAACGCUACUGCUGACAGGAAAUGGAUCCGGCCUGACCUUCCCAGCCGCUGCACGUGGAGCCUGGGAGCCUCGAAAGCCGACUCCCCUCAUGCACAAGUUCCAAGAAGCGUUGCUCCAACCAUUCUUCCAAACAUCCUGCACAGGAUCGGUGACACUCCCUUGGUGCGCAUCAACAAGAUCCCUAAAGUGUUUGGACUUAAAUGUGAAAUACUGGCCAAGUGUGAGUUCUUCAAUGCUGGCGGCAGUGUGAAGGACAGGAUCAGCCUGCGCAUGGUGGAGGACGCUGAGAGAGCUGGGAUCCUCAAGCCUGGAGACACGAUUAUAGAGCCCACCUCUGGAAACACUGGUAUUGGAUUGGCCCUGGCUGCAGCUGUGAAAGGCUACCGCUGCAUCAUAGUCAUGCCUGAGAAAAUGAGCAUGGAGAAGCCUUUUGUUCAUGAUGGAAAUGGAGAGUCCUGUCCAAUUCCUGUGCAAACAUUCCUGCCACAAAAGAUCCACACUGACACUCCUAUGCAGGCAAAAAAAGCAGGGUUUGAAGUGGAUGUCUUGAGAGCUCUUGGAGCCGAGAUUGUCCGUACACCCACCAGUGCUCGCUUCGAUUCGCCAGAGUCUCAUGUGGGCGUAGCCUGGCGCCUUAAAAACGAGAUCCCCAACUCUCACAUCCUGGACCAGUACCGUAACCCGAGCAAUCCUCUGGCUCACUACGACACCACAGCUGAGGAGAUCCUGGAGCAGUGUGAUGGUAAACUGGACAUGCUGGUGGCAGGAGCAGGCACAGGGGGCACAAUCACAGGCAUCGCCCGCAAACUGAAGGAAAGAUGCCCCAACAUCAAAAUUGUUGGUGUUGACCCAGAAGGCUCUAUCCUGGCUGAGCCUGAGGAGCUUAACAAGACUGAUAAGACCCAGUACGAGGUGGAGGGUAUCGGGUACGACUUCAUCCCCACCGUGCUCGACAGAUCGGUGGUUGAUACCUGGUACAAGUCAGACGAUGAAGAGUCCUUCAACAUGUCUCGCAUGCUGAUCAGAGAGGAGGGCCUGCUGUGCGGCGGCAGCUCUGGGACAGCCAUGGCAGCAGCAGUAAAUGUUGCCAAAGAGCUAAAGGAGGGCCAGCGCUGUGUGGUCAUCCUGCCAGACUCCAUCCGCAACUACAUGUCCAAAUUCCUGAAUGACAAGUGGAUGGUCCAGAAGGGCUUCCUGAGGGAGGAGGACCUCAUGGUGAAAAAACCAUGGUGGUGGAACCUGAAGCUGCAGUGUUUAAACCUGUCAGCCCCCCUCACUGUCCUGCCUACCGUCACUUGUCAGAAGACCAUUAAAAUCCUCAAGGAGAAUGGCUUCGACCAGGCGCCCGUGGUGGAUGAGGCUGGGUUAAUCCUGGGCAUGGUGACUUUAGGGAACAUGUUGGCCUCUAUUCUGGCAGGGAAGAUCAAGCUGUCAGACCCGGUCAGCAAAGUGCUCUACAAGCAGUUCAAACAGAUCCGUCUGACUGAUAAUUUGGGAAAGCUAUCCCGCAUUCUGGAGAUUGACCACUUUGCCCUGGUGGUACAUGAACAGAUCCAAUACUUGACGGACGGCUCUCCGAGUCUGAAGCAGAUGGUUUUCGGGGUGGUGACAGCUGUGGACCUGCUCAACUUCGUCACAGGCCGGGAAAGGAGAGAGCGAUCCAUGUCAGAGUCCACCGACGAGCUGAACUAAAACUUGUACAUUUCUUUACACUAACAUAACAAAGUUUAGUAGACACGUCUCAAAGAAUAAUAAUAAGUUUUUGAUUAAGGGUAGCUCCUUUUUUCCACCAAAAAAAAAUUUGUUUGAAUUUGAGUCUUGAGGUAUAAUAAGCAAAUUAUUUUCUGCCCCUCAAAUUGUGAUAGGGUUCCUUAUUAUUUGAAGCAGUUGAUUAUUACUUAUUAUAUUUGCUUAUACUGCUCAAAGCAAAUCUUUUGUAAGUUUAUAACUUGUAGAAAGUGUUUUGUUUUGUAUCAGAGUCUUGAAGAGGCCUCUGUUGCUGUUUUUAGUUGUCUAAAAAGUACAUGAUUGUUUGACUGUGGCCUUGUUAUCAAACAUCAGAAAUAAGACAGAAUAGUAUACACACCACAUUCAUCUCAUUUAUAAAGAUUAGACAAGUAGAGGGUUGCUGUAUAUAAGCAUAUUAUUUUUUCCAGUGCUGCUCAUUAUGUGCUGCUUUUUCUCUGUAUAAUCACAUUUCUUAAAACAAUUGUGGUGUUCUUUCCCUCUGCUCUUUCAACAAGGUGCCUGUGAUGUAACUGUAAAGUUGUCUUGAUUAUUUAAUCUUAGCUGUGUCUGAGAGAAAUGUUUUGUAUUAAAUCAUUUUUCCUUAAUGAACAUGUAUGAUUAAAUAAAGUUUAGGAAGUCUGUAA